AUGCAUCUCCUCAACGCAGUUGCUCUCUUCGCUGGCCUGUCGACUGUGUCGGCAGUGCCUAUGGCACGACCUCGCCGAGGCUUCACUGUCAACCAGCUCGCCAAGCCUACGACUGAAGGGCAUUCGCGAACCAUCAACUAUUCUGGCAUCUACGCUAAAGCGUAUGCGAAGUAUGGAAAGAAUGCUCCUGCCAAUAUCAAGUCUGCUGCGAAGAGUGGUAGUGCUACCACCACGCCGGAGGAGGGUGACAAGGAGUACUUGACACCAAUCAAGGUCGGCGACACGAUACUCCAUUUGGAUAUUGACACUGGAUCUGCGGAUCUGUGGGUCUUCUCGGACAAGCUGCCUUCCGACACGCAGAGCGGACACAGCGUCUAUAACCCCACUUCCGACGCGAGCAAGUUGGACGGAUACAGCUGGGAGAUCUCAUAUGGUGAUGGCAGCGGUGCCUCUGGCGACGUCUACAAGGACACUGUUAGUGUCGGUGGUGUCACGGCGCAAGGCCAAGCAGUCGAAGCGGCCUCGAAGCUCAGUCAGUCGUUCGUUUCCGAUACGGAUAAUGACGGCUUGAUGGGAUUGGCUUUUAGCUCUAUCAACACUGUCAAGCCCAACUCCCAGAAGACCUUCUUCGACACUGUCAAGGACGACCUCGAUGAGGGUGUCUUCGCGGUUGCUCUCAAGCACCAGCAGCCAGGCUCUUACGACUUUGGCUACACCGAUAAGUCUAAAUACACCGGCUCGCUCACAUACACCGAUGUCGACAACAGCCAGGGAUUCUGGAUGUUCACAGCUCAGGGCUACAGCGUCGGCGAUGGUGACGCCAGCUCCAGCUCUCUGACUGGUAUCGCUGAUACCGGCACCACCCUCCUCUUGCUCCCCGAAGAUGUCGUCGACGCAUACUACCAGCAAGUCUCUGACUCGAACAACAACCAACAGGCUGGUGGCUACACCGUCCCCUGCGACGCUAAUCUACCUGAUUUCACCACUAUCAUUGGCAGCGAUGGCUACAAGGCCGUCACUCCCGGCAAGUACAUCAAGAUGUCCGCCAUUGACGAGGAAGGAUCAAGCUGUUUCGGUGGUAUCCAGAGCAACUCUGGCAUGGGAUUCUCGAUCUUCGGUGAUGUGUUCCUGAAGAGCCAGUAUGUGGUCUUCGACCCUCAGGAGCCCCGGUUGGGAUUCGCUCCCCAGGCAUAA